UGAACCAGCCUAAGCCUUACUUAACAGCCAUGGGCCAGAGAUGGUCAAUUCAGCCUGGAGUGUCAAAGCGUAGAGUCAGGCGGAGGAGUCUGAGAAAUUUCUUUUGGCAAUUUCGUGUUAUUUUAGUGGGUGCUUCUACUGUGGGCAAAACAUCCAUUCUGCUCCGUUUAACUGAAGGAAUGUUCAGAGAAGAUGUCCAGAAAACCAUUGGUGUGGAUUAUUACAUUCAUAUUCUGGAAACCACGCCAACAGUAAGAGUGAAACUUCAAGUGUGGGAUACAGCAGGGGAAAAGGAACAUAGAACCAUCACACAAUCCCAUCUCCAAACGAUACUUGGUGGACUGCUGGUAUUUGAUUUAACAAAUCGCCAGUCUCUUGACUACCUCAGAAACUGGCUGGAUGAAGCUGGUCCUGUUCUUGACCAAUGCGAGUGCAUCUUCAUUCUUGUUGGCCACAAGAGUGAUCUGUCAACCGAGAGGCAAAUCUCACAAGAGGAGGCUACACAGACUGCCUCAGAUUUGGGGAUGAGAUACAUAGAGACUUCAGCCAGAGAUGGCACUAACAUACAGGAAGUUUUUCUCAUUCUAGCAACAUUGAUCGCUGAAUCAGUGAAAACUGAGAUGACAGAAGUGAAAGGAGGGAUUCAUGGCAUAACUAAGAUCAAUGGCCUUGUUUUUUUGAAACAAUGACCAUUCAGCUUAUAAUGUUAAUUGGGUUGGAUGUAUUGUAUGAUUAAUAAUUUGACUCUACUUUAAAUUGGAGUGAAAGGUACUUCCAUGAUUGGGAAAUAAUAUCCUUGGUCUACACAAGGCAAUCUCUUUCUAGCAACCUGUGAAAUAAGCACAUGAGCUAGGAAUAGUUUGAUGUUGACCUUUUAUUAGCAGUGUGUAACUUCUGAGUGAUGACAGUGUUCUUAUGAACUAAUUGCGUCAUUGUUGCAUUUGUAUUUAUUGUCCAUGUAUAUAUAAAAAUGUACUUUUCAACAGG